AUGCUUAGACUCGGUGCCUCCCGUGCAGCAAGAUUUUCGGCGGUUAGAAUGCCACAGGCGAGCCUCUGUAUCCCCAAGGCAUCCAUGAUGGCACCUUUGGGUAUCAGAUUCAACUCGACAGCAACUCAAGAAAUCAAGACGAAGCUCACAGAUUUCGCUUCUGAAAGUGCUGCUGCCAUUGACACUGCAACAACGACCACAUUGCACUCAGAUCAGAUCGGGUAUUUGCAAUCUAUUGGUCUUGGAACUGGCUGGGGUCCAACGUCCAUGAUCGAGAACGUUCUUGAAAUGACCCAUGUGUACACUGGAUUACCAUGGUGGGCGACCAUUGUUGCCAGUACUGUGAUUAUCAGAACUUUGAUGGUUCCUAUUUACAUUAAGUCUUCGGCAAACAUGGCCAAAAUGUCCAAAGUGAAACCACAAUUGGAUGUAUUGAUGGACGAGAUCAGAAACGGUGACAACGAAGACAAGAUGUUGGCAAUGAGAAAGAGAAGCAAGUUGUUCAAGGAAUAUGGCAUCAAGACCUCACACUCGUUCUUACCCAUUCUUCAGGUUCCUGUUGCAUACGGAUUCUUCCAGGCCACAAGAAAAAUGGCCGAGGCCCCAGUUGAAGGUUUCUCGACCCAAGGCGCUUUCUGGUUCGAAGAUUUGACCGCAGUGGACCCAUACUUAGGCUUGCAGAUCUUCACUGCCCUUGUUGUUACUGGAAUGAUGAGAAUGGGUGGAGAGACCGGUGCUCAGGCAAUGAACCCUAUGCUAAAGAAGGUUAUGACUUGGUUGCCUUUCGCCUCCAUUUUGAUUACUCAAAGCAUGUCUUCUGCUGUGGUGCUUUACUUUGCUGCCAAUGCUGUUUUCUCCUUGAUCCAAACUACCGUUUUGAAGAACAAACAUUUCAGAAAGUUGGCCAAGCUUCCUCCAAUUGAGACUCCAGUUCCAGUUCCAGGUGCCAAGGCACCUCCUGCCACUUUGUCAGAGUGGUGGAAGGACUUCAAUGACAAAAUGAAGAACCAGACUCACAACAAGAUGAGUAAGACCAACAAGCAGUUGGAGGUUAUGGAGAGAAGACGCGGCGCUGCCAACGAUGGUUUCAUCAAGAGACAUUAA